AUGGCCUCCCCGCCGAAUCCAAAGGAUGGAGCCUCUGCUCAAGAAGCAAGCUCAACUGCAGAAAACCCUGCUGCUCAAAUCCCUUCACUCACCCAAAAUGAAGCCUCUGCAUCUCAGCUCCCAAAUGAUUAUCCUCAACACUUUAGCACCCUCAACCAGCCCUUUUCUGUCAAGUUGGACCGUUACAACUACACCCUGUGGAAAACCAUGGUAUCCACCAUUGUAAGAGGUCAUAGACUAGAAGGUUAUCUUACUGGUGCUAAACUUCUCAUGGGCUGGUUGUACAGCUCCAUGACAGAAGCUAUUGCAACAGAGGUGAUGGGUUUAGCCACAGCAGCAGGGUUGUGGCAAGCUCUGGAGAAUCUCUAUGGAGCUUAUUCCCGAGCAAGAAUGGAUGAUCUGCGCACCUACAUUCAAACCACAAGGAAGGGAAACUUGUCUAUGACAGAAUAUUUGAGACAGAAAAAGAACUGGGCAGAUACUUUGGCUCUGGCUGGAGACCCUUAUCCUGAAGCUCACCUGGUGGCCAAUGUCUUAUCAGGUCUUGAUGCUGAAUAUAUUUCAAUUGUUGUCCAGAUUGAAGCCCGAUCUAAAACCACCUGGCAGGAGUUGCAAGACAUUUUGCUGAGUUUUGAUAGCAAGAUUGAAAGAUUGCAGACAUUAACCUGCAACAACUCCUCAAGCAAACAUGGCUGCUAA